UGACGCCUUCUUCGCUGCUAAUUCCACCACCUCUAUACGGCCAUCCGCACACAGAAAGCUGCAGUUAGCACCACCACUUGAAGAAGGAGAUUGUUGGGUGAUUUUUGUGUACAUUUUCCACCAGUCUUGAAUUCCAGUUAUACAUUAUGUCUGGACGUGGUAAAGGCGCCAAGAAGAAUGUGAAGAGUGUUUCCCGUAGCUCUCGGGCCGGUCUGCAGUUCCCUGUUGCUCGCAUCCACAGGUUUCUCAAGAAAGGACAGUACUGCGGUCGCAUUGGUACCGGUGCGGCAGUCUACAUGGCGGCCAUUUUGGAAUACCUCACCGCUGAGAUUCUCGAGUUGGCGGGAAAUGCUGCACGUGACAACAAGAAAUCUCGCAUUAUCCCGCGCCACGUCCAGCUCGCAAUCCGCAACGACGAGGAACUGAAUAAGCUGCUCAGCCAUGUCACUAUUGCUCAGGGAGGUGUUAUGCCUAACAUCCAGUCCGUUUUGCUGCCCAAGAAGACCGGCAAGAGCAAGGGACCACCAAGCCAAAGCGUGGAGUUUUGAAUGAUUUAAUUCUAGACAUAGUAAUUAUUUUGUUCAUAAAAAUUGGCUUUUCAAAAUCUUUGGGCAGUCUGCUCACUAAAAAACUAAAAGUCUGAAUCCAGAAUCGAGUUUUCAAACAUGGUUGAUCGUGCACUGUUGCAGUAAAUUCCUGUGAAACUGUUUGAAAAUAUUUAAUUUAAGAAGACCAUUUUCUGUAAAGGUAAAAACAA